ACUCGUCUCGCGAUCGUACUUCGCACAACUUUCCCGAGUGCCCAGCGCGCGUAACGUUCCGCGAGUUUGAAAUUCGAUCGCGUGUUUGAAACUUUUUAGAAGUGUAUAAAGACUAGAGUGGCGUGACACAGGACUUCAGUGGCGUGUCAAAAGUCGGUGCAGUGUUCGUGGAGGGUAGCCUGGAGUCGAUGCACCUCCCGCACGCGAGCCCUCCUGCGCCCAGCAUGGCGGACGUAUAUUCCCACAUCCAUGAGUACUACCGCCAAAGCCAUGGGGAGCUGGUACAGACCGGGUCUCCAGCCGUGUUGUGUUCGGCGUUACCUGGUCACUGGCGCUCAAACAAGAGUUUGCCGGUGGCGUUCAAAGUUGUCGCUUUGGACGACGUGCAAGAUGGAACUUUAGUGACGAUAAAAGCAGGGAACGACGAGAAUGUUAUGGCGGAGUUGAGGAACUGCACGGCAGUGAUGAAGAACCAAGUGGCGAAAUUCAACGAUCUGCGCUUUGUGGGUCGCAGCGGGCGCGGCAAGUCGUUCUCGCUGACCAUCACCAUCAGCACGUUUCCUAGUCAAGUCGCCACUUACAUUAAAGCUAUCAAAGUCACCGUAGAUGGACCUAGAGAACCCAGGACUAAGCAAAACUAUGGCUAUGGUCACCCUGGGGCGUUCAGUCCAUUUCUGCUGAACCCUGGUUGGCUGGACGCGGCCUACCUCAACUACGCCUGGGCCGACUACUUCCGACCGCCGCAGCAAACCGCACUCGUUAAAGGUGGUGUGGCGCCCAUCACAACUCCUCCAGUUGCAAUUCCGGGAUCAGAUCUAUUCCCGUUCCCACCAGCGAUAGCCAAUUUACCACCAGGAGGAUUGCUUCCUCCUCCUGGUGCCUUCUUACCACCAAAUGGACUGCUGCCUUUCCCUCCACAUCCUGCUGAGAUGGCCCUGAAGUCAUUACCACCUGAACUGUCAAUGAAAAAUGGAAUGAACCCAUACGACGCAUUGAGGCAUCUCCAGAGUAAUAUGUCUUCAAUGGAUACAUCGAGCGCUCGAUUAUCGCCUACCAGUAGUAGACAAAGUAGUCCUCGUAGCAUAAACAACGCAAGCCCUGACAGAUCAAAGGCAGAUACGAAGUCAGAAGUCAACUCAGUACACGACGCCACGAUAUCUGAUGAAUCUGAUGAAGAACCAAUUGAGGUGGUCAAGUCUGCGUUCCAUCCGACGCGACCAGCAAAUGUUGAGCUUCAAGAGAUGAAACGAGUCCAAGCCGCUGAUUCGACAGUAUCUGACCGGCCUCGAGUGCGCAACGAACUAAAGGCACCUUCUCAAAGGACCACAAGAAUAUUAUCGACGAGUCCAACGUCAACCAAAAUCAACAACGGCACGAUAGGGACACAUAAAUCAGUGUGGCGGCCAUAUUGACUUUUUUAGUACUAGUGUUCGAUUUAAAUAAUAAUAUCCGCUUCGGUGAGCGGUGUUGUUGAAAUGUGAUAAAACUAUGAGCUUGUAAAUAUUAUAGAGUAUAAAAGAAUUAUAGAUAAAUCAGAUAUUUAUUGUUAGAUAUUAUAUGUAGGUUUAUGGCUUCUGUGCGAUAUGAAUUUUGAGAAUGUAAAAAUGUUAAUUAGACAGUUGUUGUUUUUAUUGCGAAUGUGUUCAAGCUUAUCAUUAAGAUAAUUUUAUAUACUUGAUCUACAUUACAGCGUUAGUGAUAAACAACGUGCGAUGUUUGUAUAGAUUUUCAUAAUUAUUGAAUAUAGACUGAUUACUGAUCACAUUGUUAAAAGACAAUUAGAAAUUGUAGAUUGUAAAUAUUGUAAGAUAAAAUAUUUAUUAUUGAGAAUUGUACAGUAAAUAUUGAGAAAUGGCAUUGUAUGGUCAUAUAAUGUAAAUAUGUAUGUAGAGAUGUCGAGAUAAAGAAGUGAUUCUGAGAAA